GCGCAGAAGAACAGGAGGAGGUGAUGGAGAUGGUGGUGCAGGGUACCAAGCCAUCUCUCGUCCGUCUGCUGAAUUCUCCCCCACUCUCACUCGAGGAAUCAGCAGAACUCUCGACCGAAGAAGCCGAUGACUUGCUGUUUGUUCAAAAACCAGGCACUCCACCGGCCUGCUUCACUCGUCGACGCACGCCCUUCUCCAUACUCAAAUCAAGCUCCGUUGGAAGUAUGGGAUGCCUGGCAGAACGAUCCGGUAAGUGA